UCCGCGCUCCUCCGCGCUCCUCCGCGCUCCUCCGCGCUGCUCCCCGCUCCCCGCUCCCCGCUCCUCCGCGCUCCUCCGCGCUCCUCCGUGCCCUUCCGCUGCCGCAGCGCCGCGGGCACCGAAGGGACCGCCCCGGCUCCACCGCAGCCCGCCCGGGAGCCCUUCGCAGCCGUUUCCCGCCCGUCCGAGCGCCUGGCCACCUGCGCACAGAUGGAGCUGGACCACAUGACGAGCGGCGGCCUCCACGCCUACCCCGGGCCGCGGGGCGGGCCGGCGGCCAAGCCCAACGUGAUCCUGCAGAUCGGUAAGUGCCGGGCCGAGAUGCUGGAGCACGUGCGCAGGACCCACCGGCACCUGCUGACCGAGGUGUCCAAGCAGGUGGAGCGGGAGCUGAAGGGGUUGCACAGGUCGGUGGGGAAGCUGGAGAGCAACCUGGACGGCUACGUGCCCAGCGGCGACUCGCAGCGCUGGAGGAAGUCCAUCAAGGCCUGCCUGUGCCGCUGCCAGGAGACCAUCGCCAACCUGGAGCGCUGGGUCAAGCGGGAGAUGCACGUGUGGCGGGAGGUCUUCUACCGGCUGGAGAGGUGGGCCGACCGCCUGGAGUCCAUGGGCGGCAAGUACCCCGUGGGCAACGAGCCGGCCCGCCACACCGUCUCGGUGGGCGUCGGGGGGCCCGAGGGCUACUGCCAGGAGGCCGACGGCUACGACUACACGGUCAGCCCCUACGCCAUCACCCCGCCGCCCGCCGCCGGGGAGCUGCCCGGCCAGGAGCCCAGCGAGGCCCAGCAGUACCCGCCCUGGGGGCCGGGUGAGGACGGGCAGCCCAGCCCCGGUGUGGACACGCAGAUCUUCGAGGAUCCCAGGGAGUUCCUCAGCCACCUGGAGGAGUACCUGCGACAGGUGGGCGGCUCCGAGGAGUACUGGCUGUCACAGAUCCAGAACCACAUGAACGGGCCGGCCAAGAAGUGGUGGGAGUUCAAGCAGGGCUCCGUGAAGAACUGGGUGGAGUUCAAGAAAGAGUUCCUGCAGUACAGCGAGGGCACGCUGUCCCGGGAGGCCAUCCAGCGCGAGCUGGACCUGCCGCAGAAGCAGGGGGAGCCGCUGGACCAGUUCCUGUGGCGCAAGCGGGACCUGUACCAGACGCUCUACGUGGACGCCGAGGAGGAGGAGAUCAUCCAGUACGUGGUGGGCACCCUGCAGCCCAAACUCAAGCGCUUCCUGCGCCACCCGCUGCCCAAGACCCUGGAGCAGCUCAUCCAGAGGGGCAUGGAAGUGCAGGACGGCCUGGAGCAGGUGGCCGAGCCCGCGGGUCCCCGCCUCCCCGCCGAGGACGAGGCCGAGACCCUCACACCAGCCCUCACCAACGAGUCUGUAGCCAGUGACCGGACCCAGCCCGAAUAGAGGCCAGCCCGGGCCCCAGCUGCCCACCACACCCCACCUGUGGCCUUUGCCGACCAGGACUUUGAAGCUGGGCUGACUCCUGCACGGGGGAGCCCUUCAUCCUCAUCUGGCUGGGCCCCCCACCUCAGCUUCCCAGCCUCACACAGACACAUGUCAUCCAGCUGUGGGCACAAUCCCCCAAACGCCGAAGGGCCGCGGGCCCCUGGCCCCCUCCCUCUGUCUGUCUCUCCUGGCCUCUGACCCCACCCCGCACACCCUCAGGCCACGACUGGCCCUCCCAGCUUCGUUAUUCUGUUUAACGCCCGGGCCCUCUGGGCACUCAGGAAUCAAGUGUCCAGAUGGUGCAGGCCAGUGAGCAGCACGCCCAGGGGACACCCCAGAGCAGAAGCUGAGACGGCACCACGGGAACCUUGGCUUCGGGGCGCCGCCUCCUCCUGGCAGUUGCUGCCGCCGGCUGGCGCUCUAUCACCGCCGCCCAGGGCAUCUGGCCAGCCUUAGGCAGCGCGGCUCCCUCCUGCUGGCCCCGAGCCGCAGCCUCCGUGGAGCCGCAGCCUCAGAGCCCGAGCCGCAGACGCAGCCCAGCAGCACCGCAGCCUCCGCAGACCUGGCGUCCUGGUGCCCUCUGGCCCCUCAGCACCAGUGAUUCAAACCAGCCUGGAAAAGGAUGGGCUGGGUGCGAUGACUCACCCCCGGCAGGCGGAGGGUCCCACAGGGCCCCAGUCCUCAAACUCAGCUGAGGAGCCAGGAGGGUGACGACAGGUCUCAGGCUCCCACAGAGCCUUUGCUGCUGUGCCUGGAGCUGCCCCCCUCCUCCUGCGAGCUGCCCGCACCGAGGAGACGAGGGGACGUUGAGGUCGGCGAGAGGGUGGGCCUGGCAGCGGGCUGCUGACUAAGACGGGCCAGCGUGAGGGCCGGGGCUGCCACAAGGCCUGCCCCGCUGGCCACCAGCCCGCCCACCUGCCCCCAGGGCCCCUGCGGCUGGCGUCGGGGUCUGCCCCUUGGGCCCCGUCUUGCUCCAGCCCAGGACCCCUGCCACCGAAUGGUGGCCGCCCCCUCCUGCCAGAGCUUUCCAGGAACUCUGAGGCUGAGGCCACAGCCCCGGCCCCGCCCGCAGCCCCAGGCCCCCCCGCCCCAGGAGAUCGCAGGAGCCUGGCACCUGGGGCUUAGCAGGCUCUCUGCCAGGCCCCACUGAGCCCCGGGCACGGACCCCCAACCCUCCCGGCACCCACACCCCGGUGCUGGCCGGCCACUCGUGUCUGCGGCCCGAGCAGGCCCUGGCUGGGGGUUCUCGUUUCUGCCUGCCCAGAGGGGGUUCCCAGAUUCCGGGUGACUGUCAACCCCUCCAUCCUGCACCCCUGCCAGCCUCCCCCCAAGAUUUUAUUUUUGCACAUAAGCCAUAACCCAUACUCACAGGCUGGCAUAGGCUGCAGGGAGGCCCCGGGGUCCUCAAGACGGUGGCCGGUCCCCCCCACCCCGUCCCCAGCGGG